AUGGAUGGAAAUCAACUUGUAGUAACUUGUUCGAUUUCACAGAAUAAAAAUUCUUUCAUACCUACCUACGCCCUUAUUGAUACCGGAGCAUCAGGAUAUGCUUUCAUUGAUGAAUCUUUUGUACGCCACAACAAUCUUACAAUGACCUCCCUUAAAAUACCUCGCCAUGUAGACGUUAUAGACGGAAGGCCUAUUAAAUCAGGAAAAAUCACCCAUAUUGUUGAUGUCUCGCUAGACAUUCAUGGUCAUCGGGAGAUGGCGCCAUGUUUUGUGACAAAGUUAGGACACUAUCCGAUUGUGAUGGGGAUACCUUGGAUGCGACAACAUGAUGUUACGAUUCGACCGAAAGAAAAUUUACUUGUUUUUGACUCUCGAAACUGUUGUCAGUACUGUUCAAUCAGUGGAACUGCAGUUAUUGUUCAGGGUAUCUCGAUUCCCCUACCGGAACACCAUACAGUAAUUGUUUCAGCAGCUGAAAAAUCUACUGUCAACAUUGAACAAUUAGUACCGAAGAACUUUCACCAUCGUCUCCAUAUGUUUAAAGAAUAUGAUGCUUCAAUUCUUCCACCACAUCGACUAUCCCAUGAUAUCGAAAUAGUAUUGAAAGAAGGCAAACGAUCACCAUAUGGACCUAUAUAUGGAUUGUCUCAAAUCGAGUUAAAAGCACUACGGCAAUAUCUUGAUGAAAAUUUACCCAAAGGAUUUAUUCGGGCUAGUGAAUCACCAGCGGGAACACCUAUAUUGUUCGUAAAGAAAAACGAUGGAACCCUUCGACUUUGGGUUGAUUAUCGAGGUCUAAAUGCGAUUACAAUCAAAAAUCGAUAUCCAUUACCAUUGUUAAAGGAAACCCUGGCUAAGUUGUCAAGAGCACAAUACUAUACCAAGUUGGAUUUACGUUGGGGAUAUAAUCAAAUCAGGAUAGCGGAGGGAGAUGAAUGGAAAACGGCAUUUCGAACUCGAUAUGGACAUUUCGAAUAUACAGUAAUGCCAUUUGGAUUAGCUAAUGCCCCUGCUACCUUUCAACAUUGGAUCAAUGAUAUUUUACGCCCCUAUCUCGACCAAUUCGUAACGGCAUACUUAGACGAUAUCCUUAUCUAUUCCGAAACUCUAUCAGAACACAAAGAACACAUUCAGAAGGUUCUAAAGGUACUUGAUGAGAAUCAUGUUCACCUUAAACCUGAAAAAUCUGAAUUUAUGGUUCAGGAAACGAAAUAUCUCGGUUUAAUCCUUACUCCGAAUGGAAAUAGAAUGGACCCAAAGAAAGUUAUCGAUGUUUUGGAAUGGACCACACCGACAAACCUUCGUGAUGUUCAAGUAUUUCUAGGAUUUGCAAAUUUUUAUCGGCGGUUCAUUUUAGGAUACUCAAAAAUUAUUGCUCCACUUACAGCCUUGACGAAGAAGAAUGUUAAAUUUGAAUGGACGGAUGAAAGGGAGGAAGCAUUUCAAACUUUGAAAAAGAUGUUUACAACGGCGCCAAUCCUAGCUCAUUUUAAUCCGGAUCGAAAAAUCGUAAUAGAAACCGAUGCAUCCGACUAUGUUUCAGCAGGAAUCCUACCUCAACGUGACAACGAAGGAAUCCUACAUCCAGUCGCGUUCUUCUCCAAGAAACAUUCUCCUGCAGAGUGUAACUACGAAAUUUAUGAUAAAGAACUUUUAGCAAUUAUACGAUGUUUCGAAGAAUGUGAUCAUCGGAAUCUUGAAUAUUUUAUGACAACAAAAUUGUUAAAUCGUCGACAAGCCCGUUGGUCCGAAUUUCUUUCACGCUUCGAUUUCGUUAUACAAUUUCGGCCAGGAAAACAAGGAACGAAACCAGAUGCAUUGACUAGAAGGUCAGGUGACCUACCUAAAGAGGGGGAUGAACGGUUGACGCAUCAAAGUCAAGUGAUUUUGAAGCGGAAAAAUUUGGAUACCAAGCUAAGUUUGUUCGCGGGUUCUUUGUCAAAUGAAUCCGCUGAAGGAGCGUCCACUGUAGAAGAGUUAUUUUCAAAUGCUUACCAAGUGGAUAGUUUCCCAAAUAAGAUCCUUGCUAUGCUUCGGAAUGGUGGUCGCCAUUCGACUAAGAUUUCGCUUGCCGAAUGUACGGAAGAUAAUAACGGUCGGUUACUUUAUCGAGGCGUACUAUAUGUACCAGAUGACAAUCAUCUUCGAUUAAGGCUUUUGAAGCAAUAUCACGAUAAACCAUCAGCAGGACAUCCCGGUAGAGCGAAGACUCUGGAGCUCCUAACUCGAGAAUAUUACUGGCUACAGAUGCGGAAGUUCGUCGAUCAGUAUAUUAAGAAUUGCAAUUUCGUUGCGGAAUUCUGGAGGUCCCUUUGUGAUCGAUUGGAAAUCUCGCCAAAGUUCUCUACUGCAUUCCACCCCCAAACAGAUGGACAGACAGAAAGAAUCAAUGCCAUAAUGGAACAAUACCUCCGAAGCUAUGUUUCCUAUCAACAAGACGACUGGGUCCGAUGGCUACCGAUGGCUGAAUUUGCAACCAACAACCACGUUUCCGAAACAACAAAGGUCUCCCCAUUCUAUGCCAAUUCGGGAAGAAAUCCAAGAAUAACUUUUGGCCCUUUGGAACAUGGUCAAACGACGGCGGAGGAUCAAGCGAACCGUAUUGCAAGGGAAAUGAAGGAUGUAGUGGAUUUCUUAAGAGAAGAGAUAUUUCGAGCGCAAAGGAUACAAGGAGAAUCAGCCAAUAGGAAUCGAACUCCAGCUCCUCGAUACCAUUUAGGAGAUAAGGUUUUCCUAUCAACCUGUCAUAUUCUAACAAAGCGACCUUCUAAGAAAUUCGACUGGAAACGUAUUGGACCUUAUAACGUUAAGCGCAUUGUCAAUCCCUAUGCUUACGAGUUGGAACUUCCUCGGUCAAUGAAAAUUCAUCUGGUAUUCCACGUUUCGUUAUUGUCGCCCGCAGCCAAUGAUCCCUUGCCCGGUCAGAAACAACUACCUCCACCCCCAGUUGAAAUCGAAGGACAGGAGGAGUGGGAGGUUGAAGAUAUUUUGGAUUCGAGGAAGCGUCGGGGGAGAUUCGAAUAUCUAGUGAAGUAUGUCGGGUAUGAUGAAGCUUCUUGGCAACCAUUGUCGGACGUCGAACAUUCGCCCGAUGUUGUUAAAGGAUUCCAUGAACGUUACCCACGGAAGCCUAAGCCUACCAGGAGGUAA